UUGCGUUGUCCCCCAUUAUGUGUCUUCUCUUCUGUUCUGUAUCUCUCCUAUCUCUGUCAAUUUGUUUUGUUUUUUUGUUUUUUGUUUUUUUUUUUUUAAUGUUGGUAACAAAGAGAGCGUUUUCAGCGCGAGCAGUCAGCAGGCAAGUAAAGAAGCAAUCUUCAGCAGCUUUUUGGCGGCGGACUUUGGAUUUUUGAUUCAUGCCAAUAUCUAUUAUAUCGAACAUAUAUAUAUAUAUAUAUAGACAGAGACAGAUUCAGUUGUUGGAGAAACGAAUAGCAAAAGCAGUCUCUAUAAGAGAGAGAAAAUGUUGCAAAGCAAGUCUUUUGUGAAGAAAUCGAAAACCGGAAGAGUCACCAAGGUGGUGCGAGAGCACUAUCUCCGCGAUGACAUCUUCUGCGGCGCAUCUUUCUGCAAACUCUGCCAACAAAAAGACCCUCGCUUUCUCUCUUCUUCUUCUUCUCCGAUUCUCGUUCUCGACACCAACGUCGUACUCAGUCAGAUUGAUUUGCUCGAGAAUCCCGCCAUUGACGACGUCGUUCUGCUCUCCAUUGUUCUCGAAGAGGUCAAAAACAGGAACUUGUCCGUCUACAACAGACUCAGGGCUCUCUCCACCAACCCUCUCAGGAGAUUCUUCGUUUUCUCCAAUGAGCAUCACAAGGAUACAUAUGUUAAACAAAUGGAGGGAGAAACUAAAAAUGACCGAAAUGACAGAGCAAUUCGGGUGGCUGCCCAAUGGUAUCAAACUCAUCUCGGUGCCGCGGCUCGGGUUCUGCUCAUCACCAAUGACAGAGACAAUAAGAGGAAGGCUAUUGAAGACGGCAUUUCCGCCGACACAAUUGAAUCGUAUGUCAAGUCAUUGGGACGACCUGAUUUGCUUGACCUGCUUGUGCAUCCCGCAUCUGAAGACAUGGCCAUGGAGGAUGUUGAAGACUUGAGACCCUCCAAGAGGAAAAUCAUUUUUACAGAGCACAAGCCCAUGUCGGAGAUUACUUCUGGCUUGCACCGUGGUAUAUAUCAUCAAGGAAAACUUCGUGUUAACCGUUACAACCCGUUCGAAGCCUAUGUUGGGAGCGAGAGUAUUGGUGAUGAAAUAAUAAUUUAUGGGCGCUCUAACAUGAAUAGAGCUUUCGAUGGUGAUAUAGUGGCCGUGGAACUUUUGCCCAUGGAUCAAUGGCAUGAGGAGAAAGCUCUGUCUAUAGCAGAUGAAGAGGAUGAGGAAGAAGAAGAUGUUCAUCUAGUUCCAGGCAGUGCCGAUGAUGCUCCUAGAACUACUUCCCAAGUUCAAGGUUCUUCUGGAGAAACAACUCCUGCCUCUUCUCGUCCAUCUGGUCGUGUCGUCGGUAUUAUCAAGAGGAACUGGCAUUCUUAUUGUGGAUCUCUGGAGCCAAUGCCCAUGCCUGCAGGUAGUGGUGGUGUUGCUCACGCCUUGUUUGUCUCAAAAGAUCGCAGAAUUCCAAAAAUUCGAAUCCAAACUCGACAGCUAGAGAAUCUUCUGGACAAGAGAAUAAUUGUGGCCGUUGAUUCUUGGGAUUGUCUAUCUCGAUACCCUUCUGGGCAUUAUGUACGGACGAUAGGAGAAAUAGGUGAUAGAGAUACUGAAACUGAGGUUGUCUUGAUUGAGAAUGAUAUAAACUCACGACCAUUUUCUUCUCAAACUUUGGCAUGCUUGCCUCCUUUACCAUGGUCAGUGUCUUCUGAAGAUUUGUUGAAUCCUAUUCGGCAGGAUCUUCGACAUUUGCGGGCCUUUAGUGUGGACCCUCCUGGAUGUAAGGAUAUUGAUGAUGCCCUGCAUUGUAUGCCUCUUCCAAAUGGAAAUUUUGAAGUUGGAGUCCAUAUUGCUGAUGUAACAAAUUUUGUGCACCCGGGCACCCCACUUGACGAUGAGGCUGCACAAAGGGGCACAUCAGUGUACCUUGUUGAACGGCGGAUUGACAUGCUUCCUAAACCUCUAACAGAAGAUAUAUGUUCUCUUCGAGCUGAUGUGGAAAGACUGGCAUUCUCAGUCUUAUGGGAAAUGACACCUGAAGCAGAGAUUAUUUCAACAAAAUAUACAAAGAGUGUGAUAAAAUCAUGUGCAGCAUUAUCUUAUAUUGAAGCUCAGGCGAGGAUGGACGACAGUCGAUUGAUGGAUCCAUUAACCACAGAUUUAAGAAACAUGAAUUCGUUAGCAAAGAUUAUGAGGUUAAGACGUAUUGAAAGAGGAGCCUUAACACUUGCUUCUGCUGAAGUCAAAUUUCAAAUUGACACCGAGACACAUGACCCACUUGAUAUCGGUAUGUACCAGAUUAGGGAGGCAAACCAAAUGGUUGAGGAGUUCAUGCUUGCUGCUAAUGUUUCAGUUGCAGAAAAAAUACUGAAUCAUUUCCCUGUGUGUUCUUUGUUAAGGCGCCACCCUACUCCAACUAGAGAAAUGCUUGAACCUUUGCUACGUACAGCUGCUGCUGUUGGUCUCAACUUGGAUGUUUCUUCAUCAAAAGCACUCGCUGAUUCACUUGAUCGUGCUGUGGGUGAUGAUCCAUACUUUAAUAAGCUGAUCCGAAUAUUGGCUACCAGAUGCAUGACACAGGCAGUUUAUUUCUGUAGUGGGGAUCUUAGCCCUCCCGAAUAUCUUCAUUACGGGCUUGCGUCACCUCUAUAUACUCAUUUCACCUCUCCUAUUAGAAGAUACGCAGAUGUUAUAGUACACAGGUUGCUUGCUGCCUCUCUGGGGAUAUACAAGCUGCCCACGAUAUUCCAAGACAGACCCCAAUUGACCAGUAUUGCUGACAAUUUAAAUUAUCGGCACAGGAAUGCUCAGAUGGCAAGUCGGGCCUCAGUAGAGCUCCACACUGUUAUCUAUUUCAGAAAACGGCCCACGGACACGGAGGCCAGAAUAGUGAAGAUAAGAUCUAACGGGUUUAUUGUCUUCGUUCCCAAGUACGGUAUAGAAGGGCCCGUAUAUUUGACCCAGAAAGGUGACAAGGGAGGUGGAGAAUGGUUUGUAGAUGAGCAGGAGCAGAAGAUCAAAAAGAUGGACGGUAGUGUUUCGUUUGGCGUUCUGCAGACUGUUACAGUUCAUUUGGAGGUUGUGGAGCCCCAGCCCAAUAGGCCAAAACUCCAGCUUACCCUUGUUUAGAAUUUCAACGCCGUGUCUCAAUGUCCUGACUCUCGGAUGAGAGAUUGAUUUUGAAUGGUUGUCUGGACCAGGAGCUAGAGUAAUGUUUGUUUUGGAGUUUUUGAGGUGAAGGAAUUUUGCAAUUCAAAAUAUGCAUUAUGGGAAACU